CUGAACGAGACAGUUUGCCGUCAAUUCGUCCGAUCUACACUAGAUUCUCCAGAACGGCAGGUCGACAACAUAGCCGACACUCAACGCUACGAGCUUACUACGGGCCAACUGUCCUGGGACUUGCCACAAUGGUUGCAUUCAAAACGCACAGGGAAAGAGUCAAAAAACGUCAUGGUCAGUAAAACAGCUCGGCCUACUAUGUAUGCGGUAUGUCCCAACGCGACCUUUCUGAGGCUUUACCUCACUUGCCACGGCUCUGGGGGAGAAAUACCAAAUGAACAAAAGACAAACGUUGCUACGAAGAACAUCUUGGGGGCAUCUGUAUAGCCUUCGAUGAGCUCGAAUGACGCACUGAUGGUGGGCGGGAGGAUUCUUUAGGUUAUCCGCUAGUGCGCCGGCCUUCUCGUGACUCACUUGGACAAGCUGGUUUCGAGAACAAGCAAUGAAGUACGACCCGUUGAGUAUACACCGUGGUGCAGGAUAAAAAGGCGAGUACCACAACCAUCCCCGACACCUCUGAACAUCGUCUUUUCCUUGACUGGUGGCAAGCUCUAAAGAAACAGCUUUACACCCUCAAAUCCUCGAUAUAUCAUGGCUCCCAAGACCGUCCGCUUCUCCACCGAACUGGAGACAGUUUUUCCCUUACCCCCAUCCCCAGCCGGAAGCAACAACUCUACACUAUCAGCAUCCCCAGGAAUCUUAACACCCCCUAACCCAUUCAGUCCGCUUGCGGGAUCGCCAAUGCAAACUGACAAUGCCAGUUUCAAGAUCGACGAUAUCCACAGUAUCUUGAGACUACGAUCUCGUCCGAAAUUCCAUUUCGAUGUCUCAAGAAAUCCCGCAACGACAUUAUCACUGGCACAAGAACUAUCAGCAGAUAUACGCGCUGAACCUGCGACAGUUCCCCCUGUUCCCGUCAUCAUUCUCGUUUCUAAAUAUUUACCAUGGGCGAUCGACGUCCAGUCCUCUUCGGAAAACGAAGACGCGUAUGUUUCUGUAGCAGAUGUUCUUGGAGGUUUACACUGCGCAUUGCGGAUUCGAGUUACGGAUGCCGAGUUCCAGAUUCAAAUAAACAAGGAAGAGAUCAUGGCAGCUUUUGAAGCACGGUGGAGGCGAGUAGCGGAAGAAGAAGGAGCGUUGGCGGGAGAGUCGGAGCGGGAGAAGGGGCUGAUGCGCGUGGAUUUUCUGAGAGGAAAUCUGAAGUUUGUUGGGUUGUCUACUGUGGAAUCAGGGACGAACGUCCUCAAGUUCAGCGCCGUGCGAUGA